AUGCCUGCGCCACCCUCGAUGCGCGGCAGCACCACGCCGUCCAGCCUGGCCGCGCCCGCUCCUCCCACCACCGCCUCGUCCUCAUCGGCACCCGGCGUCGUCCUCCCUGGCGACGGCGACCUGUGGAGCAACAUCCUCGACUCGGUCAAGGGCAGCAGGAGCACCCCGAGCAAGCCGUGCUUCGUCCUCGGCGCACCGCACUCGGGCAAGAGCACCCUCGUCGACCGCCUGCGCUCCCCGACCGGCGAGCCCUCGUCCAGCACGGCGCACAAGGGCAAGGAGACGGCGCUCAAUGGCGUCGAGCAGCAGCAGCUCGACCUCGGAAUGAGCUACGACGUGAUCGACGUGCGGGACGAGGGCUAUGACGGCGAUACCCUCGCCCGCCUCUCGGUCUACCAGCUCUCGUCGCCGCUCCCUCCCUAUCCUUCCCUACUCUCGCUCGCCCUCGUGCGCGACUCUAUCGUCCUCAUCUGCCUCGACUGGGACCGGCCGUGGGAGUUCGUGCGGCAGUUGGAGCAGUGGGUCAUCCUCCUCGACGAGCUCCUCGGGCGAGCGGGCAAGGACAAGGAGGGGGACCAGGUCGACGGGAGGGAACAACUCGAGGCUUUUAUCCGCUCGUACGCCGAGCCAGCCGCCCCAGGCUCGACUGCCCCGACCACCUCGUCCUCGUCAGCCGCCGCAGCACUCGUCGACCUCGACUCGCCGCUACCGCCCGGCACCCUCACCGAUAACCUCGGCGUCGGGCUCAUCUUCGUGUGCACCAAGGCCGACCAGAUGAACUCGCUCGAGCGCGAGCGCGAGUUCUCCGAGGAGCAGUUCGACUUUGUCCAGCAGACGCUGAGGACGAUCGCCCUGCGUUAUGGCGCCGCCGUCUUCUACACCGCCCAGACGCUGCCCACCUCGUACGCCAAACUGCGGCAGUACAUUGUGCAUCGCCUCUUCUCGUCGCCGCCGUCCUCAACCUCCCUCGCCUCGCCUUCCUCAUCGGCCGCGCAACCAACCUCUCCUUCCGCCGCCGUCACCUCGACCCGAGCCAUCUCGGCAGCGCCGUCCACGGUCGCCUCGUUCCCCUUCCCGCACCGCGCCAACGUCGUCGACCACGAGGCGGUGCUCGUCCCCGCCGGGUGGGACAGCUGGGGCAAGAUCCGCAUCCUGCGCGAGCGGUUCGACUGCGAGACGGUCGGCCGAGGGUGGGAGGUCGACCUUGAGCGCAAGAGUGCGGCAGGAGCGACGUCGGCGGCGAGGGAGGGCGCGAGCGCAGGCGCAGACGGCGGCGAGGGCGAGAGGGGGCUCGAGAACGAGUACGGCAUGGUCGUCGUCGACUUUGACGCCGAGGACUCGAAGGUCAACCUCGCGCCGGCCGUCUCUGCGUUCGACGAGCAGGCGUUCCUCCGCGAGCACUACGACGUCCUCCAGGCCGACACGGCCGCCGACCCUCGCCUCGCUUUCCGCCAACCGGGCUCGUCGUCGUCGUCGUUGACGGGCAUGAACGGGUUCGGCGGCGCGCUCGGCCCGAGUGUCGUCGGCCCGAUGGCGGGCACGAGCUUGGACUUGCCGACCGUCGUCAGCACGAUGGAGCGGGCGAGGGAGAGGGCGGAUGCCGGGGCUGGAGCGGCGGCGGCGGGUGCGUCACGCGAGGAGAGGUACCGGGCCGGGGCCAUGUCGCGACAGAGCUCGUCGACCUCGGCCGGCAUCCGCUCCCCUCCCCUCGGCGGCUCGACGUCCGGCGCACCCGGGCUCAACGGCGACCGCCCAUCCCCGACCCUGUCGUCGAGCGCCACCUUCGCCGACCGCCCUUCCUCGCGCUCGUCCACCUCGGCAGCAGCAGGUGCGGCUGCGCCCGCAGCAUCGAGCGCCGCAGGCGUCGCAGCCGGCGGCAACCAGGUCCUCGCCGACUUCUUCCAGAGCCUGCUCACGGCACGGACAGCGGGCACCGGGGCAGCUGCGGGCUCGGGUGCAGCAAGUGCGGCGGGAGCAGGGCAGGCGGCGCCCGCUGCGGGAGGGCUGCGGGCGAGCGUCGCGAGAGGCGCUACGCCGCCGUCGUCCUCGGGCGGUGCGGGCGCAGGAGAGAAGGCGGACGGGCAGUAGACGCGACGACGUGCAACACAGCUGGAGGAGUCACUC